UGAGUUGCUUUUAAAUGGAUGGAAUGCAAGUGCCCUAAUUUUUUAUAUUCUCGCAAAAGCUUGAACGGAUCGUAAAUCUCGAAUUUUUUCCCCAUUCGUUUGGCGGAAUCUUUCUCUUUUUAUUUAAAAAAGAAAAGAAUAAUAAGAAUGAGACGACCGCUUCCCUUUGGGGCGGUGGAAGCCUCAUCAUCAUGUGGACAUCAGCGUGCUCUCUCUUCCUCGGAACGACGCUCCCUCUGCACCGCGGCUCUCGCGGGAUUCCCGAAGGCCGCGCGCUCCCCCGCGCUAGGAUGUCUUCUUCAUCCUCCGCCGCCACGGAUCCCCUCGCCGCCGUCGGCCGCCUCCUCUGGGGACGUUCCCUCCCGCCGGGGCCCCUCGUCUCCACCGUCCGAUUCACCUGGUCCGCCGCCUGGCACCUCAUGAUGCGCCAGCUCGCCCCCUCCGACCCCGCUGGAUCCUACUCCCGCCCCCCCGGUGCCUUUGGCUCCGUCCCCGACCGCUACCGCCGGAACCCUAGCACCGCCCGCCUCCACCUUUACGUCGCCCUCCCCUGCCCUUGGGCCCACCGCACCCUCAUCGUCCGCGCCCUCAGAAACCUCGAGCCCCAAAUCCCCGUGUCCGUCGCCGCCCCCGGCUUCGACGGCUCCUGGGAGUUUCCCGGCGGUGGGGGGAUCGACGGCCGAGAUCUGAUCCCGGGGCCGGACCGGGCGAACGGGCGGCGGACGCUGAGGGAGGUCUACGGGAUGAGGAGAGGGGGGUACGAUGGGAGGGCGACCGUGCCGAUGCUGUGGGAUGUGGAGAGUAGGGAGGUGGUCUGCAACGAGAGCUACGACAUCAUCGACUUCUUCAAUUCCGCCGCGUUCGAUGGCUCCUCCAGCUUGGACCUGUCGCCGCCGGAGCUCAAGAGAGAGAUCGAAGAAUGGAAUCGGGUUAUUUACUCCAAUGUCAACAAUGGAGUCUAUAGAUGUGGAUUCGCGCAGAGCCAAGAGGCCUAUGAUGUUGCAGUCAAUGAGUUAUUCACGACACUGGAUAUGCUCGAAUCUCAUUUGUCAGCUUCUCGUUACCUUUGUGGAGAUGUAUUGACUUUAGCUGAUGUCUGCCUUUUUACUACUUUGAUACGUUUUGACCUCGUGUAUAAUGUUCUCUUCAAAUGCACCAAGAAGAAGCUGCUUGAAUACCACAAUCUUCAUGGUUAUACACGCGACAUCUAUCAGAUUCCAAAGGUGGCAGAAACUUGCAAUUUAGAGGCUAUAAUGGAGGGAUACUAUCAGACAUUAUUCCCGCUAAAUCCUGGUAACAUUCGGCCUGUCAUGCCUUCUGCUUGCGAGAAUCAGUCCCUGUCUGAACCGCAUGAUAGAGAAUCAUUGUCUUCGAAUGGCAAACAUAGGCAGAUCCAUGUUUCAGAAUAAUUGCAUGCCUUACAGUGGAAACAUUUUGGUUAGCAUCAUUUCCUACAGCUAAGCUUCAGCUGACUGGUGGACACAAGCAAAACCAUUCCAACUGAUCAAACACAUUUGUGUGAUCUAAGCUGAAGGCAACAAGUUAAUGAGAGAUGAAUAUGGCAGUCUUUCUUCAUCAUUGCUUCAUCAAAACCUCACUUGGAUGCUCACCUUUUUGUUUAUUUACAACAGGUGACUUGGCCUGUCUUUCUAUAUUCAUUUGCUGGGCAUCCAAGGCUCAGAACUUCACCGCAGAAAUUAUUGGACUGCUAGCACGCCCUGAUAGAUGCCUGGUGGUGAGAAUGGAAGUGCCUGUAGGCGGACCAUAGUAGUUUCGCUGAGCCAAGUAACAGUUUUAUUACAUUAAACUUAGUUUUGUAUCAACUUAUAUGAGUUCCAACAGUGAAAGGGAUGCUACUCUUCAAAUAAAUAACAGGUGCAAAAAUGCAAAAUAAGUAUCAUGAAUCGAGUUCCAAGCAA